UUUCCUUCCUCUUUCAUAUUUCCUAAACCUAGAUCCAUCGCAAAAUUUUCCUUUAUUAACUUCUUAGUUUUGCGUUUUAUUUAGUAAUUGGAGUACUCUAUUUAGCAAAGAUUUGACAUUAUUCAAUGAAUCUCGUGUCUUUCUACGGGUUAAUCUUUCUAGGAUUCCCGAUUUUGAUAUGAUUAGAUUAACAUUAUGAUUAGUGGUGUAAUUUCUCUUGCAGGUGAAGUUGGCAACUUGCUGCAACUUCGCACUUAUAUUCAGAUUGGGAAGAAAGAAAGGAAGAAUAAAUAAAUAAAGAAGAAAAGAAGGGAUGUUUACUUUAAAGCCUUCAUGGUUUCCCAAACAUUCUGAAACCCCCUAUGGUUGAUUCAUUGACACAACCUUCUAACAGUGAAUAGGACUAAAAGAUGGAGCUGAAUAACAUUAAGGAUGCAUUUGACCGUGUUACAAAGAAACAAAAGCUGUCUUGUUCUAAAACCCAAGAAGUGAUUGAAAAGCUUAUCCAAGAAAUAGAAAAGGCAUCAGAAGCAAUAAAAACAUCCUCGCAACUAGAUGAUAGGUUUGCACUCACAGAACUUAAGAAAAAGUUGCAAGAACUUGCUCCCCUCAGUCAACUGGAAGGCAUACAGAAGGAAUUGAACAUAGCACUGAGCAAGUACACGAAAGCUUUAGAGAAAUCCUUCAAUCCAGAUAUAUCCAAGGCCUACAGGAAUGUUGAAUUUGAUAGUCAGACAGUUAACCAAAUAAUUGCAAAUCAUUUCUAUCGAUGGGGAUUGUUUGAAAUUGGUGACUGCUUCAUAAGUGAGACCGAGGUAUCAGAAAGUGCUGCUGCUUUGAAAGCCAUUUUCCAGGAGAUGUAUCAGAUCCUUGAAGCCAUGAGGAGUCGGAACCUAGAGCCUGCAAUAAAAUGGGCUGCUGCAAAUUCUGAUAAGCUUAAAGAAAAUGGGUCAGACCUUCAGCUUAAACUUCAUAGCUUGCAGUUUGUGGAAAUAGUACGAAGUGGAAGCAGAGAUGAAGCUCUCAAGUAUGCUAGAGCCUUUCUGGCUCCUUUUGGUUCAAACCAUUUCAGUGAGAUCCAGAAGCUGAUGGCCUGCCUUAUCUGGGCUAAAAAGCUUGAUAGUUAUCCAAACCAACAGUUGUUAUCACCAAGCAAUUGGGUUACAGUGGCAGAGGAGCUAACUAGGCAAUUCUGCAAUCUCGUUGGACAGUCUUAUGAAAGCCCAUUGAGUGUGACGAUAGCUGCAGGGGUACAAGCUUUGCCCCCACUUCUGAAAUUUAUGACUGUGAUGGCAGGGAAGAGGCAAGAGUGGCAAUCAAUGAAGCAGUUGCCUGUGCCAGUGGAAUUGGAUAAGGAGUUCCAGUUCCAUUCCAUAUUUGUGUGUCCUGUGUCAAAGGAGCAAUCGACAGAAGAUAACCCACCAAUGAUGAUGUCAUGUGGACACGUGCUUUGCAGGCAGUCUAUUAACAAGAUGUCGAAGAACAACUCAAGACUUUUCAAGUGCCCAUACUGUCCAUCUGAUAUUGAUGCUUCACACUGUACUCAGCUGUAUUUCUAAUGAAUAUACCCAAAUAUGAACACCUGUUGUACUCUGUUUAUUAACACACUUGUGGUGUUGUGUUGUGUGGUGCCGGUGGUAUUUUGGUGGUUACACAAGUUGGUCUGUUGUACACUCUUAAUUUAUGCAUUUGUUGUAUAUAGAAAUUUUUUUCUGCAAA